ACGCUUUCGCUCCCUCCCGAUCGACCCGCUCCACUCCGCUCCGCUCCGCUCGUGUGCAUAUGGCUAAUUAACUGAAUGUCAAAGACUCCCCAAGACGCGCGCGCGCACUCUGGUGGCGUUACAUUGUGAAACUCUUCAAUCCGAUACGGAUCGGAAAAGCCCAGAGGCAGAUGGUUCUCGUUCCAUAAAAGCGCAUGCCCGCUGCGAUAUUGGUUUCACUUUACGCCGGCUAAGGCACAGGCACAGGCACAGGCAUAGGCCCAACAUUAAACCUCUCUGUCUCUCCGAUCAAAGCAAAUCAAAAACUUAAGCCUGAGAGCUGAAUUCGGACUCGAAACCGAAACAACAACAACGGUUCAUCAGAAACUAAAGUGAAAAGCAAACCGACUAAUUGAAGUGCCUGUCUUCCACUCUCCCUCCAUAUCUCGCUCUCUUCGUUUCGCAAGCGUGCAAGGGAAACAAAUAAAACGGAAUAAAAAGCCCAUCGGAGCCAAAGAGCCACCGCACAAAAUAUUUAUAAAUAUAUUAACCAAACGACAACUACGACGGCAGCAGCGACAGCAACAGCAACAACUACAACAACAACUACAACUAAAACAUCGUCAUUAUCAUCAUCAACAAUACGACCACUACCAACAAAAGCCCGGCAUUAAUAUUUAGUCGUGCCAGUUUAUUUAUUUUAUAUACGGGUAUACGCCAAGCUCAUAAAAAGCAGCUACAACAACUGCGGAAAAAAAAAACAAAAAGUUGAAGCAAUAAGAAAAUCGGUAUAAGCCCCAGACCAAGCGAUCAUCGCCGCCGCUAUAUACACUUGUACCUGUAUACCAAAACCCGACACAGACGGCUGCCCCCCAGAGCCGUCCACAUAAUCCCCUAUACCAUACAGGAGUACGAGAAUACAGAGCCGAUAUCGGACAAGAUGCCGCCCAUGUGGUACCAGCUGAUCAAAAUUUUGGUGCUCCUCUUCGCCCUCUUUACCACGAUAGUUUGUAUCAAUAGCGAAAUAUCGAAACGACGUGAAGCUGAGGCAGCGGCAGCGGCUGCAGCUGCAGAAUUGGCCGCCAUGGCAGCUGCCGGAGCUGCGGGAGGCGGAGGCCCUCCCAACUCCACAGAUAUGUCCGACUUUAUGUCCGAUAAUCUGCUGGACAUCCUACGGAACAUGGCCAAGGAGCAUCCAGACAUACAGGAAGGAAGGGAUCAUCAGUUGCGGCCGGAGGAGUUGCCCGCCAAGGAUCUCGAUGUACUCAUUACUGAGAUUUUCAAGGUGACCGACGACGCAGGUGUACAUAUUUUUGAUACAACGAUAACGGACAAUGCACCCCUCAUGCCCAUACACACCAUGAUUGACCACCAGUCCCAGCCCCAGCAACCGACACAGCCACAGUCUAAGCCACAGCCACAGCCACAGCCCAGCCAUUACCAUCAAUAUCACAGCCUGAGCCAACAAGAUCAAUACUUCAAAGGGACCAAUCCGACAACGGUGCCAGAGCAACAGGAUCAGGCCCAAAGGACGCGACAGCCGCCAGAAAACCCUAUUGUCUUUCCCGAUUCAGCAGUCAUGCACCACAUGAAGACCACCACGCCGCCGGUGAUCAAGAGGAAUAUACCGCAGUGCGUCGAGGAUCAAGCCAAUCACAAAUCCAAAUCCUUCUGCACCCAGGUCGAGAACUAUCCGGAUCUGUCGCUCAUCAAGGGAAAACUGUCGCAGAACUUCUCCAAUUUCUUCAGUGAUCCCGAGCCCGUGCCCGUGGAUAUCAGUUCGCGAUUGGGCCCCAAUGAUGAGGUUUUCCUGUGCAGGAGCCGUCGGAGGUACCUGUACCCCAAGUCGGGCCUAAAGUCGGACAACACCUGGCAGUUCAUAGUCAACAACGAUGAGUUCAAGCAAGGCAUACUGAUCGAAGAGUGCGAGAACGAGGAAAUGCCCUGUGACUACUCCUUGAGCUUUCCGCAGCGAUAUAAGCCCAUCUGCAAGCAGAAUUACGCGUUGCGAACGCUGGCCAGCAUCCGCAAUACGAGCGGCGAGCUGGAUGUGGGACAAGAGUCCUUCAAGAUACCCUCCUGCUGCAAGUGUGUGCUCAAAGUCCUCUAAGCGAGUCAUUGAGUCGCUCGAGUAGCUGCGAAAAUGUGAUUUGGAGCACAAAAGUUUCACCCACCACAGGAUGGCAGGCCAAACUGUCCAGGGGUCGUUGUUUUAUAAUUUGUAUUUUAAUGCACAAAACAUAUGUAUAAUCCACCCAUGGAAUAAUGCUGAUCCAAGGCAGAGUCCGAUUUAAGUUAAGGCACUUUAAUUUCGUUCUUCAUCGAGUCAGUGUAAACAUAUUCGUGUCAUAUCUCCGCGACUGGUUUCCCUGUGUCCAGUGUCUAAGCUAAGCUGCAUGCAAUUAUAUUGUAGUCCUAGAGUACGAGAAAUCAUUAGAAAAAUGUAUGUUUAAAAAAUAUAAUGUACAAUAAAUGUAUGCAAGUACAUGACAACAAA